AUGCGUUGCCAGUGGCCCCGUUUCCCGCUGUAUGCCCAAGUGCUGCUUGCCAUCGUGCUGGCGGCUGCAGUGGGCGGUCUGUGGCCCGAAGUCGCAUCACAGCCAUGGAUGUCCCAGCUGGGGACGGGUUUUGUGAAGCUUAUCAAGAUGGUCAUCGCGCCCAUCAUCUUUUGUACCAUGGUGCCAGGGAUCUGCCAUGUGGGCAGCGCAUCAAAGGUGGGUGGAGUGGCGAUAAAGGCAUUGCUAUACUUCGAGACGAUUUCCACCUUUGCUCUGGCGCUGGGCCUACUGGUGGGCAACAUCGUCCAGCCUGGAAAGAACUUUGAUGCCCAGCCGGAUGCUUCGGCCAUCGAAAAGUACGUCAGCAAAGCUGAGAGCGAGAGCCCGAUGCGCUUCAUCAUGCACAUCAUCCCAGAUACGGUUGCCAGCCCUUUUGCAAAUGGUGACAUUCUGCAGGUCCUCUUCGUGUCCAUACUCUUCGGCUUUGCCCUCCUCUUUGCUGGGGAGAAAUCGAAGACGGUGCUAACGAGCAUCGAGGAGUUGGGACACUGCUUCUUCAAUAUCAUUGGGAUCGUCAUGAAAGUGGCGCCCCUGGGCGCUUUCGGGGCCAUGGCCUACACCGUGGGGAAGUACGGCAUCGGCACUUUAGGCAACCUCUUGUUGCUGGUCGCUACUUUCUAUCUGACCAGCCUUUGCUUCGUGGUGCUGGUCUUGGGUUCGGUGGCAGCGUGUGCGCGCGUCAACAUCUUCCGGUUCCUGUGGUACCUGAAGGAAGAGCUGCUCCUGGUCUUGGCCACAUCGUCUUCGGAGAGUGCUCUCCCGACCUUAUUGGAGAAAUUGGAGGCGGCUGGCUGCUCGUCGUGCAUUGUGGGACUUGUCGUGCCCAUGGGCUACUCCUUCAACCUCGACGGCACGAACACCUACAUGUCGUUGGUCACGCUCUUCAUCGCGCAAGCUCUGCACGUUCCGCUCUCUUUCUGGCAGCAGCUUAACCUUCUUGCGGUCGCGAUGCUAACCUCCAAGGGGGCUGCAGGCGUGUCAGGUGCCGGGUUCAUCACACUGGCCAGCACCUUGAGUGCCAUGAGCCCAGAGCUAGUGCCUGGGAUGGCCCUCGUAUUGGGCGUGGACAAAUUCAUGUCAGAGUGCAGGUCCAUCACGAACUUUAUUGGCAAUGGUGUGGCGGCAGUGGUCCUGUCAGCCGCAGAAGGUGAGUUGGAUCGUGACCAGAUGGAUCAGGUAGACUCACAAGCACGGCGAAUGCUGGCACCAGAAGAUGGCAUCCCGAACCCUGCUUUGGAGUCCCAUCUUAUGCUCUGGUGUGCGAAUGUCGUACCCACGGACAGCGAGUUCGCGCUACUUCUCAAUGGCAACCCACGAUCGCGUCGGAAGGUCGAGGGGGGCGACUACUGCGUGCGGACAAACCCGGACGGAGUGGAUUUGAAUCGGAACUGGGACGAGGCGUGGCAGAAGGACUCGGCGGUUUACGGCCAGGACUCCAACCCAGGGCCGAAGCCCUUUUCGGAGCCGGAGACCCGGCUCAUCCGAGCAGCCGUUUCGGAGUACGACCCAACGACAUUCCUCACGGUGCACAGCGGUACUUUGGGCCUGUACAUGCCGUGGGCCUAUGACAUGUCCCACCUCGCUGACCGAAACCAGCAGCAGAUGAUGAAUGUGCUCAAGUCCCUGGAUGAGAAGCACUGCAAAUGCCCCUUCGGUGCCGCUGGCAAGGAGGUUGGCUAUUCUUGUCCGGGCACAUCCCUGGACUGGGUCUACGACAAGCUUAAGACCCCGUUCUCCUUCGCUUUCGAGAUCUUCGUUGCCGCCGAGCGGAUGGAGUCCCUUCGAGAGCGCUGGCACCAACACUCUGACCACGCCUUGGCGCUGCUGCAGGCUGGCCACCACCUGGCCUCCCCGCGCACGAAGAAUGUCUUCCAGGCACAUCCUUCCGACUUCGUCCAGCUGUCGGCGAACCUCACAGACAGAUCCGAAAGAGAUUGCUUCGGAAUGUACAAUCCGUCCAAUGAGGAGCUGUAUCGUUCAACUGUCAACAACUGGGUCACGGCCUACAUGGAGAUGGCGGUGAAGGUGGCAGACAGUCUGAAGGAUGACGGGGCCGAUCGUAAGCGAGGCGAUUAG